GUGUGCGAUUCAAACAUUUAUUCCAUAAGUGACAAGCUAUAACAACCCAAUACCAAACAGUCAAACACAAACCUCAACUCCUUGCUAGUUUAUAAACCGUAUGUGAGAGAGCUUGUUUCCAGAUUGUGAGAGCUACAAAGCAAAAAAACAUGGUGAACUUAGUAGCACUACAGCAGCCCUUGUUGCAUGGCCUAAUGAAAAUGGCCGGAGUGAAACCCUACACGGUGGAGAUCGAGCCCGGCACAGUGAUGAACUUCUGGGUCCCGAAAGAAACCCUAAAGAAGCCGAAGAAGGGCGAGAAGCCCGAGAUCAUAUCCAAACCCAACAAGCCGGUCGUGGUUCUGAUACACGGCUUCGCCGCCGAGGGAAUAGUGACGUGGCAGUUCCAGGUGGGCGCGUUGUCCAAGAAAUACUCGGUCUACGUUCCCGACCUCCUGUUUUUCGGUGGGUCGACCACCGACAAGCCCGACAGGUCCCCGGCUCUCCAGGCCGAGUGCGUCUCUACGGGGCUGAGGAAGCUCGGGGUGGACACGUGUACGGUGGUGGGAUUCAGUUACGGCGGCAUGGUGGCGUUCAAGAUGGCGGAGCUGUAUCCGGAGCUGGUGCGGGUCAUGGUGGUUUCUGGCUCAAUAUUGGCGAUGACGUGUUCGGUGAGCGAGGAGACUAUGAAGAGGCUAGGGUUCGAAUCGUCGUCGGAGCUUUUGCUGCCGAGCACGGUGAAGGGGCUCAAGGCUCUGCUCUCGGUGGCGGCUCAUAAGAAGCUUUAUUUUCCCGAUCGGCUCCACAAAGACUUCCUUGAGGUGAUGUUCACCAACAGGAAGGAGAGAGCAGAACUCCUUGAAGCUUUAGUCAUUGACACAAAGGAUCCAAACAUUCCCAAAUUCCCUCAGAGAAUACACCUCUUAUGGGGUGAAAAUGAUCAGAUAUUUAAGCAGGAGCUUGCUCACAACAUGAAAGAGCAAGUAGGAGCAAAUGCAACAUUUGAAGGCAUAAAGAAGGCAGGUCACUUGGUUCACUUGGAAAGACCUUGUGUUUACAAUAGGUAUCUCAAGAGAUUCCUUGCUUCCCUGAAUGAAGUUGGAGCUCAAAAUUAAGAUGAUUUUCCAUCACUCAAGUGACGAACAGCUCAUAUGCUUCAUGUCGUGUACUCAUAUGUAUGAGUUCAUACACAACUAAUACAUGUAUUAGUUGUUUAUGAAUCAAAUUAUAUCUUAACAUGUCGUGUACUCAUAAUACAGCUCAUAUGCUUCUUGUCGUGUACUCAUAUGUAUGAACUCCAUAUCAGUGUUCAAAUAAUCAAAAUUUGUAUUAGUUGUUUAUGAAUCAA